CCUUCUAUUUGUUCAGAUACUUCUAGAAUUGAAUCAUUGCUUUUUAGACUUAUUUUCCUUACAAAUCUUUUUCACCAUAUUCAUGUGUGAUACAGCUUAAUACAAGAAUUUUUUUUUCCAUCAUAAAAAUAUAUUAGGCACGAGAAGUGAGUUAUACAACCUGCUUACGAACUUACAAACACAUUUCGAGUACAUGCCAGACUUAUACAAGAAAAAACAAAAAUUCCCUAGCAUGCAAGCUCUUAAAGAAGACAAAUACGUUUCCUUACUAUUACAAAAAAAACCCAUUAUCGAGAAAACAUAGAUAGAGGUUUCAACUUGCUCAUCAUUACACCGAUAGGCCAGGCUACAGAACCACCCGGAACCACAUAAAACUGACUGAAUUGGUUAGUUUAUUGAUUAAUCGGUUUAACGAUUUGUUGAAAGUCAGAUACAUGUAUAGAUUUCCACAAAGUGGAAAAUAUUACUUUACCAGCUGAGGAUUCGGUGUUGUUGGAAACUGUAGAAAAAAUAAAAAUAUAUUGGUCUUGAAGUCUUGAAAAAAGUAAAGGGUGGAAUCAAGGACUACUGCAUUUACCAUCGCUUAAAGAGCAUCAAAAUACAAUUCAGUCAGUUUUAUGUGGUUCUGGGUGGUUCUGUAGCCUGUUCGAAACUACGCUAGGCGCUAGUCGGGCGGCAACACCGGGCCUAGCGAGUUAUCAAAAAAUCGGGGAUUAAACGGAGAUUAAUCGGGGCCUAGGUUUUAAUACAAUUUAAUGUAUUUAUAAUAUGUUUAUGUAAUAAACAUGAUAAUAAGAGCAUCUGCAUUGGCGGAUCAUAUGGGGUUCAUGGGCUCGGGAUCUUAUGGCCUUUUGCGUUUUUAAAAUUUUAAAAAGGCCGAUAUUUGGUGAACCGGUUCGUCCGAAUGAUACCGUAUGAGACGGGUUCACGCGACGUGGCAAGAGGGCAUUGGUGGCGUUUUUUUUUGUAGAGUGAAGCGAAACAAGGGUUUCUCGAAAUGUUUCUCAUUUGGUCUUCUCUCUCAUUUCACUCCGCCUCCUUGGUGAUUUAUCGUACGACGGUUCUACCCGGAGCUUUUCUCCACGACGACGACGCCGGAGCUUUCCUCUACAAGCUCAGGUGAGAAUCGACUAGAUUAACGGUUUCAUUCCAUCGAUUAUGUGGUCCAAAGCGAAUUCGAUUUCCAUUGUUAAGAGUUAGGGUUCUAGGGUUCUAAAUCGAAAAGGGGGUUUUCGAUAAAUGGUUAUAUUUCGUCAUGCGGUUUGGUUAGGGUACUUAAUCGAAUUGAGAGGCUCGUUUUAGGGUUCUAAUUAGGGUUCUAAAUCGAAAAGGGGGUUUUCGAUAAAUGGUUAUAUUUCGUCAUGCGGUUUGGUUAGGGUACUUAAUCUAAUUGAGAGGCUCGUUUUAGGGUUCUAAUUAGGGUUCUAAAUCGAAAAGGGGGUUUUCGAUUAAUGGUUAUAUUUCGUCAUGCGGUUUGGUUAGGGUACUUAAUCUAAUUGAGAGGCUCGUUUUAGGGUUCUAAAUGGUGUGAUUUGUGGUACAGAUGGACCCAGCCGAAGAGAGAAGAGAGAUGAAGAGGCAAAAGGAGCACUACAUGAUGCUUCAAUGCGCGGCUGAUGCGCAAUACGGGAUUCCGACGAGGUGUCUGUGUGGUUCGCGCAUCAUUAACGAGGUUCGUGGAAAGGAGGAGUACGACAGCCUUCCUGGGAAGCGUUUUUUCACGUGCAAGAACUACGAGGAUGAUGGGUUGCAUUUUCGUCAUCCUUGGGUGUUUGGUGUCCAGGAGGAGAUCGAGAGUCUGACAAAACGUGUGAAGGAGUCCGAGGAGGUGACUCUUUUGGUGGCAAAACUCAAUAAACAGAUUGAAACACUGGCGGUGAGAAUCCUCCUAUAUUUAGAUAAUACAGUAGUUAUAUUUUUUUGACAUUUGUGAGUGUUUGUGAGUGUUUUAUUUUGACAUUGGAUGAUAAUUUUGACAUUUGUGAGUGUUUUCCAUUUUUCCAGGAACAGGUUCACGACCUCAAUGUCAAAGUACGUGUCCUACAGAAGGUCUGCUUCGACUAAAAAUAGAAGGUACGCCUCAAUCUCAUGAAAACUGUUUGAGUUAUCUUUGGUUCGCUAACUUGAUUGUGUCCUUCCUCUUUUUUGUUUUGCAGGUCACGGGCAUCAAGUCACAAGUUCGCAAGUCACGGGUAGUGUUUAUGUUUUGUCUGUUUUAUGUCUAGUUGCUCAGAUUGUGUAGCAUUUUCCUUCUGACUACACUUUCUUUUCACUUGUUUCACGGAUGUAAUGAAGACACCCACGGGUGUAUGUACUAAAAACUUGGUUCACGGAUUUGUAAACACCCACGGGUGUAUUUGUAUGGAUGCUCUAUAUAUAUUAUGUCUUUCGUUAUCUGAAAACCUUCACAGAAGAAGGAAAAAACAUAAAACCUCGUUCCCUGUCUUUCUUUAUCUUUCAUUAUCUUUGCAAACCAAAACUAUCAUAAAAACUCAUUCCCCAUCUUUCUUUAUCUUUCAUUUUCUUUCCAAAACACUCGACACUUGAACAAUGUCGACCUCGUCAAGUGAUGAAGUCGAUGAAAUUCUAAAUGAAGCCUUUGAAGAAAUUGUGGAUCAACAUCUUGAUAAUUUCAUCGAUUCAGUCAUUAAUGUUCAAGACAACACCCGGAGUAGACGAACUUAUAUCGAAAGAGAUCGAGAACAAGGACAGAAACAGCUUUGGGACGACUAUUUUAGUGAUCAUCCUACAUAUUCAGCAGACAUGUUUAGGCGGCGUUUUCGAAUGAACAAGCCAUUGUUCCUCCGCAUUGUCGAUCGCCUAAGUAAUGAAGUUCCAUACUUUCAGCAAAGAAGAAAUGCUCACGGCAGGUACGGACUAACUGCACUUCAAAAAUGUACGGCGGCUAUACGUAUACUAGCAUAUGGUCAAUCGGGAGAUAUGUAUGACGAAUAUCUCCGACUUGGUGAGAGUACAUCACGUUUAUGUUUGGAAAAUUUUACUAACGGAAUAAUAAAUUUGUUUGGAAAUGAGUAUCUAAGAAGACCUACACCGGAGGAUCUUCAACGAUUACUCGAUCUUGGAGAGGCACGCGGGUUUCCAGGUAUGAUCGGCUCGAUCGACUGUAUGCAUUGGCAGUGGAAAAACUGCCCAACGGCUUGGAAAGGCCAGUACACACGUGGUUCAGGGAAGCCGACAAUUGUCUUAGAAGCUGUGGCAUCACAAGAUCUUUGGAUAUGGCACGCAUUUUUUGGAUUACCAGGUACUCUCAACGAUAUCAAUGUUCUUGAUCGGUCACCAGUUUUUGAUGACAUUUUACAAGGUCGAGCACCAAAAGUUAAGUUCAAGGUCAAUAACCACACAUAUCGUAUGGCUUACUACCUUACUGACGGAAUAUAUCCAAACUGGGCAACAUUUAUCCAAUCCAUCCGACUUCCUCAAGGUCCUAAAGCAGAGCUAUUUGCCGAACGUCAAGAAUCUACCCGAAAAGAUGUCGAACGGGCUUUUGGAGUUUUGCAAGCGAGGUUUGCAAUAGUUAAAAACCCGGUUCUAGUAUGGGACAAGGAAAAAAUAGGACAGAUUAUGAAAACUUGUGUCAUAUUGCACAAUAUGAUUGUAGAGGACGAACGAGGCGGAUACACUCUAACUGAUACAUCUCAGUUCGAGUCGGGAGAGACAAGCAGAAGUUCCAAGGUGAAAAGUAGAACAAGUUUUAAUGUCGGUAAUAUGCUAGGCAUUCGCAAUGAUCUUCGGGAUUCAGAGAAACAUGAUCGUUUGAAAGCUGAUUUAGUUGAAAACGUUUGGCAAAAAUUUGGUAACGAAGAUGAAUAAAAUUUGUAUGUUCAAGAAUUCUCAAAGUAUUCAAUAAUAUGUAUUUGGAAUAUAUUUGUUUAUGUAAUCUAUUUUAAACAAAAUUUUUUAAAAAAUUAUUAUAUUUUAUUCAUUUAUUGUCAUAUAUUAAAAACUUUAAAAAAUAUUAUUUUAUUCCUAUGAACCCCUUUUUUAGGUUCACCAAUGCAGCAGCACAAUAUGUUGAGGUUCAUCACUAUUUAUGGGACCAUCAAAAAAUUAAUAAAAAAUUCUUAUGAACCCCAAGAAGGGGUUCACUAAUGCAGAUGGUCUAAUAGUUUUAAUACAUGCUUAUAUAUACAAAUAUAUGUGACAGAUGGACGUAGAAGCGUCACAGUCCAGCGGCUUGUGACGUUUAUGUAAUCUUAAGAGGUAGUGUGUUCGAUUCUCCAGCAAUAUUUCUUUUCCAUUCUUUUUACAUGUGCGAUUUUGAAAAAAAAAAAACUUAACUUGUCCCACAUCGGUUAACAAUGAGGAAGAGAGGUGUUGAAAUCCUUUAUAAAUACAGGGACAAAGUCUACUCAAUUCACAGACAAAUGGGCUUUCGUUUUAAGACCCAAAAUUUGUCAACAAAGUCUAACUAUUAGGCGCUUUAAAUCGGUUUUAAUCCGAUUUUUUAGCGAUUAAUUGGUUAGUUUAUUGAUUAAUCGGUUUAACGAUUUGUUGAACCGAUUUGGUGAAAUCGCCGCGGUUUGGUUCCGCCGAGCGCCUAGUCGGCCGACUAAUCGGCUAGGCGUCCGCGUUUUCGAACAGAGGCCCAACUCAAAAAAAUUUCUUUUUUUUUUGCAUUUUCUAAGGUGAUAAUAACAUUGAAGGAUCUUCUAUCAUGCAUCAACAUCGUUCCGAGAUUAGGAACGAAUCAAUCAAUGGCAAUGAUCAAGAAGCCGACAGAGACAUACAUGAGGAAGACAGGAUAAAGUGCGAGAGCUUUUCUUUUCGGGUUCACAGCAGUGCUCAUGAAAGAAUAAGCAGCCGAAGAGCUGCGGGCAAGAGUGGAAGACACAACGAUCAUUUUGAGUAUCACAUUGUCCUUCAACAUGCAGAUCACUGCUCCAACGUCCAGUGGGAAUAGACAGUAGCCCAAAAGGCUUAGGCUUUGGAAGAAGAUUAUAUGUCCUCCCUGAAAAAAAUUCAUAUUGUUCAAGACAGCGAAAGUGAGAUGCUUAAAAAAAUCAAAACUUGUAACGAGAAAUAAAAAGUAUGUGGCUUUUACUAAUAUACGAAUCAAAUGUGCAUAAUAUAUGAA